UACGCCAAGCAACUAGCCUUCAGGGGUGAUGAUCCUCCCAUGUCACCAAAACUUAGACAAUCAUAGGCAGACAUAUUCCUAAAAAUACGAGAUCUCCCAACACCACCAUUUAAAUGAAGGCUGAGGACAAUUUCGUUGAGGUUUGUGGUUCGUAGUUCAUAGUCAUCUUUUAUUUGAAGAAACAUGCCGAGACGACAACUACUAUUCCCAUCCUAACGAACUAGCCGUAUCAUCGUUAAGGAAUAUCAGCGCCAAGCAAUAGACACUUUAGCAACUUAGAGAUUUCGAUAUACUCGCCGCCUGUUGAUCUACCUCAUUACUACUAUUAGCGGCCCAGCUACAAUGUGGACGGAAAGGGGACAAUUGAAGCUGCUGUCCGAGUUUAAAGGACCAUAUACACCGACCGAAGAUCUAUUGAUAUUGAGCUCGGCAUUUAGCGUGGUGGUGUCCAUGAUAUUGGAGAUACUCCUCUUAUUAGUAGUGCGAAACAAGUCAAAGCGGACAAAGCUGUGGAUCAGAUAUACACUAUAUGCGAUCCUUUGCACGAAUGCCGCCAUUGCUUUCGCAGCUUUCCUUUACGCGUCGGCUAAUAACGGCACGCACCAUGAGAGCGAGAAUUACGUCGAAUGCUUGCACGGUAUAUCAGACGACGAGGGCAAUCCUCACGCUUGCCGAAUAACGUCGCGUUGGCUUAGCCUCUUGAUAUCCUUUUUCUCAACAAUCCUUAUGGUAUCGGCAUGGUUAGAUUUUCGGGAACAGGAUCAGAAGGAAUUGGAGACACUGCGAUUCAACGAAGAAUCAUUGAGUGAAAAGGGACAGAUCCGCAUUUAAAUUCAAACAAUUCGUUAUAUGGCGCCUGCCAUGUGAGUAAUACACAAUCCGUGACAUCCAAUAGAAUACCAUGAACUUCCACUUACAGGGCCAUACAAUAUGGCUCUAUAUCGACGGUCCGUAGAGGCACCCUAGAGGUAAUCCAAUGCGCAAUCGUCCGACUAAAUGAGACAAUAUGUUGUGUUCCAAGUUAAAGCCCCGCCAACUCCACCAAAAGCAUUCAUUGGGCGUCAUUGUCUCGCAUAGUGAGUACCUACUAACCGGGCUUCUAGGUAGGUAUCUACCUAGGUAAGGUACCUAGGUAUUCAGGUAAGUGCUCAAACAAAAGAGCAGGUUUCCUGGAUAAGGGUUCUUUACUGAGGCGGGUAUUCGCUAGUCCAUAUUUAGAUACUAUUAGCCAGAAACUUGAAGAAAACUUGGGAUUGUGACGUUUAGUUAGGUUUUAGACGAUCGCACUAUUAUUAUAGUCUCGGAGUUUUGCAUGUUUCGUCCCUCGAAACAAAGCUCAUAUACAAUAUGACAUGUUAGUGAUCCAGCUGUAAUUUACAGUGGCAGGACUGCAGGCAGUAUGGACACGGGUUGCAAUAUAAAUUAACCA